UGCAGGUCUAAGAGCAGCAUUUGGUUUAGGGAGUAAAGGAUACCGUGUCGCGGUAAUAACUAAACUCUUUCCAACGAGAUCGCAUACAGUAGCUGCUCAAGGUGGUAUAAAUGCCGCGAUAGCGAGCGAACACGAGGACAGCUGGCUUUAUCAUAUGUACGACACUGUCAAAGGAUCCGAUUGGCUAGGAGAUCAGGAUGCUAUACACUUUCUUACCAGAGAAGCACCUCGUGCAAUUUAUGAGCUAGAAAAUUAUGGAUGUCCAUUCAGUCGUAACGAGUCUGGCAAAAUUUAUCAACGUGCAUUCGGUGGGCAAUCGUUAAAAUUUGGAAAAGGUGGUCAAGCACAUCGAACUUGUGCUGUAGCAGAUAGAACUGGACACGCUGUUCUCCAUACUUUAUACGGACAAAGCCUUCGAUAUGACGUUCAUUAUUAUGUUGAAUACUUUGCACUUGAUCUUUUAAUGCACGGUCGGUGUUGCAAAGGAAUUCUUGCUUGGGAACUGGAAACUGGUAUACUUCAUCGUUUUAGAGCUCAUCACACGGUUAUAGCUUCAGGUGGUGCUGGUAGAUGUUAUUUAUCGUGCACAGGUGCACAUUCUUGCACUGGUGAUGGCAUGGCUAUGAUCUCUAGAGCAGGAUUGCCAUUACAGGAUAUGGAAUUUAUACAGUUUCAUCCUACAGGAAUGUAUGGAACUGGCAUAUUAAUAACGGAAGGUAGUAGAGGCGAAGGUGGUAAAUUAGUAAACUCUCAAGGUGAAUUUUUCAUGGAAAGAUACGCCCCAAUAGCUAAGGAUUUAGCAUCACGUGACGUCGUUUCCAGAGCUAUUACCAUAGAAAUAAUCGAAGGAAGAGGUGUAGGUCCAAAGAAAGAUCAUGUGCAUCUUCAACUAAAUCAUUUACCGAUUGAAACGAUACAAAGCAAGUUACCAGGUAUCUCACAUUUGGCGUGGGUAUUUUCUGGCGUUGACGUUACGAAAGAUUCCAUACCGGUCAUACCAACGGUCCAUUACAAUAUGGGUGGCAUACCUACGAAUUGGCGAGCUCAAGUAUUAACGCGUGAAAAUGAAGAAGAUAGUGUGAUAGAUGGAUUAUGGGCAGCUGGUGAAACUGCAUGUGCAUCUGUUCAUGGUGCCAAUAGACUUGGAGCUAACAGUUUAUUAGAAAUCAUCGUUUUUGGUAAAGCAAUUGCCGAUCAAAUUGAUUGCCUUACUCGACCUGGUGAACGGCACGAUGAUAUUCCUGCUGAUAUAGGUGAACAAUCAAUUUGUCGAUUCGAUGCGACUCGUUAUGCAAAAGGUUGCAUCCCUGUUGUCGAGCUUAGACAAUCGAUGCAACAAACUAUGCAUAAAUAUUGUUCGGUAUUUAGAACCUGCGAUAUUUUGCAAAGAGGAUGCCGACAAAUGACGAAGCUCUUCACCUGCGAUUUACCGAAUAUAUGUGUGCAAGAUCAAUCGAUGAUUUGGAAUACAGAACUCGUAGAAGCAUUGGAAUUACAAAAUAUGAUGCUUAUUAAUAUGCACACCGUGUAUGCGGCUGAAAAUCGUAAAGAAUCUAGGGGGUCCCAUUCCAGAGAUGAUUUUAAAGAAAGAAUCGAUGAAUAUGAUUAUACUAAACCUCUGGAAAAUCAAAAAAUGCGCCCAUAUUCGGAACAUUGGCGUAAGCAUACGUUAUCUUGGGCUUUCAAUGAUGGAUCGAUAAGUAUCUCUUAUCGGCCAGUAAUCGAUACGACUUUAGAUGAAACGGAAGCUAAGCAUGUGCCGCCUACCAUUCGAUCAUAUUAAACAACAACAACUAAUGAACUUCUUAUUUCAUUGACUGAUUUUAUACUAGACGAUACAUAUUUGAUUUAUUACUAUUUAUAUCUAAGGGACUAUGAUAAGAAUAUACAUCAAUUUUUGUGCCAUUCAUUUAUAUCCUUUUAAUGUCAUUAAUUUAAAAAUGAAACUUUUUUUCUUAAUGAAAAGAAACUAGAUUCGAAAAGAAGUCGUUAGAAUGUCGAUUAGAUAAUAGAAAAUAAUUUACCUUAAAACUAUGACGAUAAAAUCAUGAAUUCUUUAAUGGUCAAACGAUUUUUUUUUUCAAUUCAUAGAAAGAUAAAAAAUUCAUAUAUAUUACUUAACUACCAAAUCAUUCAACAUCUCAAUAUUUGUCUAGAAAAUAUAAAUUAAUAAAAUUAAAAUACAAAUAACAUCGAUGAAUAACACUUAUACUAUUCUUAAAAUGAUUAAUAACAUAAUUCCUUUUAUAUUGAUAUUCAAAGAACGAAAGGACACUAGAAAACAUUUCGAUAAUAUCGCAAAAGAAAAGAAUGAGAACCACUAAUAAAGUGUGCUGCGCGCGCGUGCAAGGGGAGCAUGUAUUUUGAAUUUGGCGCCACUUUAAUAUUUGGCAGAAUUGAAAAUUGUGCGAUGAAGGGGAGUUGAAAAAUUCUUUUCGAGAAGGCAUGAAAAUUUCAAUUUUUAAUAACGAAGAUAAUAUUGAUUAUUAUUCAUCGUCACAUCUCUUUGAAAUAUUUCUCGCAAAUUAACCUUAAAAUUGUGUGAAAUAAAAUAAAAAAUGUUCGAAAAAGAAAAUUAUUCGAACGAAAGAAGGGACUAAAGAGGUUAUGUUUUUGUAAAUGGUAACGUUAUUGGUUAGAGGAAAUGGGCACCGCUGUUGGUGUUGUGUCGGUCUUGCGGUAGUGCUCGGCAAUCAACCGACUGAAACGCAUCAUGGUUUCGUCGUGAUUUCGCGCACCUCGUGAAUAACUCGUUCAAUUUUUCUUCCUCACUUUGUUUCAAUCGAAAGUAACUCUAUGGGCGUUUAAGAAAGAGAAGACAAAAGAAAUAUAGACGAACGAGGUGAAAUAAGGAAGGAAAAACACCGACUACCAUACUACUCCUACGACUACGACGACGACGACGUUAUUGAAAACGACAUUGAUCGAAGGAAAAGAAGAAGAAAAACACAUUAUUCUUUAGUGAACAUAUAUACAGUUUUAAAUUAUAUAAAUCAACUAAAAUGAGUACGAUUUUAAAGGCUUUCGGUUUUAUUUCAAGAAAUUCACCAACAGUUACACUAACGACUACGAAAGUAAUG